GCAGAAAGUCGGCGGUAGGUUGGCGAUUGAGAUUGCUAUCAGUCCAUUCAUAUUUGCUCACAAAACAGGUUCUUCGUAUAAAACCAAACUGCAAGUUGUGUUGUCUCAUAAUUCAUAACCAGAGCAUGCUCGAGUUAAUGUUACCAGUAGUCUUUUAAUACAUAGCGUUCUUCGUUUCUGACAAGGGUAAAAGAAACUCGUUUUCCGCUUGUGUUGGCCAGGGUUUUCGAGGGACUGUGAGCAGAGAACUAUAUUCGUUUGUACUGCAGACGAUGGACUACAACAAGUGCUCAUUUCAGAGUCACUAGGCUAGCUACCAGUUUGAGAAAAUCAAGGCAGCGCAAUUAUUCGUGUUACAUAGCGGUUAGCAUUUUUUCGUUCUAUUGCAUAUUCCAGGUACAGUGAUGGAGCGUUUGGAAAAUUGGUUUCGUCCGAGACAAAAAUUAAAAGAUCGUCAAAGUAUGUUAGAAACUGACGAGGAAUACUGUGAAAGGUGGAUUACGAUCCGUAUAAUUUAUUUGAGUGGAUUUCUAAUGUUUUUAUCAUUCGGAGUAGUGACAACAUCUCUUUGGCCUUAUUUGCAGGAGAUGGAUUCAACGAGUGGAAAAGCAUUUCUAAGUGUGUUAUUCGCUGCCCCACCUGGAGGUCAACUGCUGUUCAGUCCAUUAAUCGGUUGGUGCUCAAACCGAAUGUCUUCUGUGAGAAUUCUUUUCGUGUUGUUGACGGCUCUAUAUAUAUUUUCGAACGCUUUAUACAGUGUCAUUGAACUAUUCUGCGUGCCACAGCGAAAAUAUAUUAUGUUGAUUGCUCGAUUUGGUUUCGGCAUAGCUACAUCUAUCAACACCAUUAGUCGAGCUUACAUUUCGGCUGCCACUAAAUUUUCUGAGCGUACGAAGACUAUUGCCAUUUGUUCUUUAUCACAGACAUUGGGGCUAUUAGUUGGACCACUCCUUCAAUCAUUGAUCUCCUUAUUGGGAAAGGAUGGUGUGGUACUUUGUGGAUUGCGACUAAAUAUGUAUACAUCUGGCGGGUGGAUCUGUGCUUUAGGUGGAACUAUGUUCUUAUUGCUUUUGAGUCCAUCAACGUUUGUACAUCGUACUAUAGCAUUCAAAGAAGCACAAAACAACAAAGGCAAGAGCAGUUUAAUGGAAAAUAACCGGUCAUUACAUCUGUUUCCCAUUUGCAUGAUAAUCACAGGCUAUGGAUUACUGAUGUUUUUCUACGUAUCUUUCCAAACGACUCUUUCUCCCAUCGCAUUGGAUCAAUUUUCAUGGAGCCACGAAGAGUCACUAUAUUAUCUCGGCAUACUCCUAACGGUGGGAACAUUAUGUUCGUGUUUGAUAUAUUUGUUGUUACCUUAUUUAAGUAAAACGUAUAACGAACACAAUGUGUUUGUGUACAUUGCUAUCCUCCCGCUUUUUCUUAGUCAAAUGAUGAUGAUUCCGACAGUGGAACAUAAACUAGAAGCAUCUGUUUCGAGAAGUGACAAUAGUACUGCGGCAUUAUUAGGAUGCACACAAGAGUGGUGCAAAUCGGUUCCCACAAUCAGUCGUUACCAGCUGUCCAUUUCAUAUGGUAUGCUGUGUAUUUCGUUUUCGGUAGGAAUUGCAAUAACCCAGACAAUUCUUUCAAAACUACUUGGAGCACGGCCACAAGGUCAUUGGAUGGCUUUAUAUACGAGUGUUGGAGGGAUAGCAAGAAUAAUGGGACCAGGUACCAUGUUAAUUUAUAUUCAAUACGGUCCGCAUUAUCUUUUCGGGUUGGGAACGAUUGUCACUGGACUAAUGUUACUUUGGAUAUGGUUUUAUAGGAAGCUUUUACAUAUCGAUACAAAACUAGCUACAAAUGUACGCGAAGAACAAGACCAUACAGGUUUCCAAUAG